CGUUGUUUGGUCCGAUUGAAGUAGGUUUGGUUUGAUUAUAUGAUUUUGGGUUGGGCUCCUGUGUUCUGUUUCUAUAUAUAUAUAAUGAGAGAUUUUCCUCUCUUCCUAGAGGGUCCACGUCAGAUUCCUUUUAUUUGGAAGGGUGAUUCGUUGUUUGGUCCGAUUGAAGUAGGUUUGGUUUGAUUAUAUGAUUUUGGGUUGGGCUCCUGUGUUCUGUUUCUAUAUUGGGUUCAGAAAUAUAUCGUAUGGGCUGUUAGUUGGGGUUGGGCCUGUGUUAUUGAAUAAUCGAUAGGAAUAAUUGAAAGAAAAUGAUGUGCUUUGUUCUAGGGCAUCAUCCUUUCCUUCUUCCAUUUUUCAAGUCGCCGAUUUUGUUUCUGUUGUUUUGUAAAGCCAAUCAUUCUCAUCUCUUUGCCUUCCUCCACCUUCGAUGUAUUCUUUAACUGUUGUCUUAAUUACACUAAACUCUGUAACGUUUUGGUAUUCUUCGUCUGAUGAUUCUUUGUUCUAUAAGUAGAAGAUGGAUGAGGCUGUGGGGAUCGCUCGCAAUCACUCUCAGUUUUGUUUCUGUUGUUUUGUAAAGCCAAUCAUUCUCAUCUCUUUGCCUUCCUCCACCUUUGAUGUAUUCUUUAACUGUUGUCUUAAUUACACUAAACUCUGUAACGUUUUGGUAUUCUUCGUCUGAUGAUUCUUUGUUCUAUAAGUAGGAGAUGGAUGAGGCUGUGGGGAUCGCUCACAAUCACUCUCAGUUAAAAUUUCUUCCUUCAGCUUCCAAAGAUUCUCUCAAAGAUGGCUUCCUCCGCUCCGGCCGUUGUUGGCCCGACAUCGUUCGACGAUCUCUGCCUGGGUCGAUCUGCUCAGUUCGUCGUGGCUCGCCUCCUGCGUUUUUGGGACUCCAGAAACAUUAAGAAGCAAGGCGAAUUCAUGGGAAUCACCUUGCUUUUCCUUGAUGAGCAGAAUUCUGUGAUCCAUGGGUUUAUUACUGCCGCUCGCUCCGGUCACUACCAUCCAGGUUUACGAAGUGGUUCCAUCGUCAAAGUUUCACGCUUUGAGUUUGCUAGAUGCACUAAUCUGUACAAGAUCACAGACAAUCCAUUCGUGAUCCGGUUCCUCCCACAAACAACCAUUGAUGAAGUCGCUCCCAUUAUCAACCUCCAGAAAUUCAUGCUCAGGAAGUUUGAGCAUCUUCAAGCACUUGAUAACACGAACUUGGAACUCCCAGGUUUAUUUCUUAUAUAUUAUUCUCGAAAUAAUUUUAUUCGCUUUAAAAAUUGUCUUAAUUAUGGUCUCAGGCUGAGACAGUAUAUGUGUUUCACGUUGCAGAUGUUGUAG